AUGCGGGAGCUGUCGUGCUUCCGUGAAGCUGCCGUCUGUGCCGCGUCGCCGGCCUCCGUCUCCGGCACCGGCGGGCUGGACCGGUCGCUGCAGGCGGCGACCACGAGCGUGUACCGCGCGCAGCUGGCCUCGGGGAAGGGGAUCCUGAUCCGGGUCACGUGGACCAGGAGCAGCGCCGCAGCCGCGGGGAUCGCCGCCAUCGCUUUCUCCGACCAAGGCAGCAGCGUCCUCUUCUCCUCGCCGUCUAGCAGCUCCGCCCGGGCCCAGCAGCACGUGCUGCGGCGGAAGCGGGGGAGCAGGGGCUUCGUCACCGGCGCCGGCACGGCCAUGGGGGUCCACUGGGACGUGGCUGCGGCGGAGUACGCGUCCGCGCCGUCUUCCCCGGAGCCGUCCGGCGGCGACUACUGCCUCGCCGUGGUCGCCGACGCGGAGCUCGUCCUCCUCCUUGGUUCCGGUGACCUUGCCUGCCGCCUCUCCUCCUCCCUAUCUACCGCCACAACCCUCGUGAGCCGGCGCGAGCAGCUGCGCUCCACGGCGGCAGCGGUGAUUCACGCGACGCAAUGCAGGUUCCGGGAGGGCGGGGAGGAGCACUCGGUGUCGGUGCGAGUGACCGCCGAAGGGGAAGGGGAGGUCGGGGUGAGCAUUGACGGGGAGGAGGUGGCCGUGGCGAGGCAGCUGCGGUGGGGGUUCCGGGGGAACCGUGCGGCGGUGCUGCCCGACGGCGAGGUGGUGGACGUCAUGUGGGAUGUCCAUGACUGGUGGUUCGGUUGCCGCGGCGGUGAUGGGAAGGGGGCGCAGUUCAUGGUGCGGGCAAGGUCAGAGAAGGAAGGGAGGCUUUGGAUGGCUGACCAGACCGCCCCGGCCGCGACGGAGGUUGUCGGCACCGGCGGGGGUUUCUUCUUGCACGUCCAGUGCUACCGCCGGUGA